ACUGAUGAUAUAUGUCAUACAUCAUUUGUAUAUUAGAAUUGAUUUCACAAUUGCCAGUAACUUUUAACUAUAAACAUGGAUAAUACAAUGUUAAAUAGAUUUUAUGAAGACAAUGUUAAAAUGACAAGAGAUGAGACAAGUAAGAAUGUUGAAUUUGUGAUUCCUCUCGUCGAUGAUAUUUUGCAGUACGUUCACGAAAGAGACGGGCGGUUUAAAAUACAACCAUUGAAUGUUGGGAGUUAUUAUUCUCGUUUAAAAGUGUCCCGAGCAGACGAAUUUGACUACAGUGUAGUGGUCGAUAUUGGUUCAUCUCUCGUCUGGACUACCGGAACGCCGGCUUAUUAUGGAUAUAACGGAAACAAAGAAGUGGUUCGUACAUCGAUUCCUCUGCCUUCAGCUCCAGCAGGAAAAUGCUUUACACAGUUAAAAGGUCUGAUACAAAAGUGGGAUAAUGAACGUUUAAAUGAAGGACUUGCUUGUUUGACAAUUGAUGACCAUAUCAUUCCUAUAAAAGUUAAAAGAAGAUUUAAAGCACUCGUCAGUGAAGCUGUGAAUAGACCAAAAAUACGCCAAUAUGUCGACGCGCAAAGAUUAUCUGAAUCACCUGCCGCUACAUUGACGAUUCGGCAUCCCAAAAUUGCAGGAGAGACAAUAAGCGUUGAUCUCGCACCUCUUAUUGAAGGACACCUUUCAUUCAAACCAGAGUUUGGUUGGCCCAGAUCAGGGUCGAGAUGGCCAUCCCGUACAAAGAUUGAAGAGAUAAAAACCGAAGGGAUCCACGAAGUUGCCAAAGAUCCAUUUUAUUGGUCUUUAUCAUUCGUCAUAUGUGAAAAGAAAUUGCUAGAUGGCAUUGAUUCAAAUGGAACCUGCCGUAAAAAGAGUCAACGCAUUAUGAAAAAACUUCGGGAGAAGUGGUGUCCGAAAGGAUAUAAACAAGAACUUACUUCGUACCAUCUCAAAAAUAUCCUUUUCUGGGAAUGUGAAAAUCAUCCAUAUGAUGCAGAAUGGACUAAUGAACAGCUUUCUGUGAGAAUUGAGUCCAUGUGUUACCUGAUCAUACAACACAUACAGCGUGGCAACCUACCUCUGUAUUUCCAUACAGGGGUCAAUUUGUUGGAGAAUAAGGACAAAGACGUUCUUGGCCAGGUUGUUCAGAACAUAUUUAGGUUUUUGAAAAACCCGGAACAUUAUUUAACAUAGAAUUUGUUGCGAAUCUUUAUAUAAUUUGAAUUAGCAUACUAGUAUGAUAUUUGUAUUGUCAAUUUUUAUCGAGCGCUAUACUUCUGUUUGAAUAUUAAAAUUAAAUCUUGAUAA